AUGGCAUACGAGCAAACCCUUGUACAAACUGAGCCGCUUAGCCCUACGACAGAUCAGCUCGCUAAGAGGUUGAGCAGAGAACUGAAGAUUCGGCGAUCGAACGAACCUAAAGUAUUCAGGUCUCCGAGUGCCAGAAAAAUCGGAAGCUUGAGACGCAGAUCCCGGGAACGCGACCAGCCUACGACGGCUGAAGAACCUCCGAAGACACGUUCGAAUUCGUUUCAUGGUAACAAUUCGCCGUCCGUAGUGGCGAAUUCGAUGACAUCGAACUCCUCUACGGUGAGUUGGAAAAGUGCGCAAGGAUUUUUCAAUGCUACGCCUAUGUCUAACCCUGGAGUCACUGAAAACUGUAGGGCGUCGCUGGCGAAGUUGCGCAGUCAAAACGCUGGGAUGGUGCUGGCCAAGGCGAAAUUGUUUGAUAACCUAGUGGAUUCAGAGUGUAGUAGCAACAAAUCUGGAGAAUCCAAUUGCGUAUCAUCUCAAACACGUAGCACCAAAAUCGGGGCUCCACGAGUUCUUGACAAGAACAGCAGGAUUCAGUCGUUAAAAAUGGAGGAGCGCAGAAAGAAGGCUAUUUCACCUAGAAAGAGAAAUUGCAACAAAAGUCCACAAAUUCGAAUGCAACGUAUCAGCGUGAAGGCGCCACCACCUCAAGAAUAUAAUAUGGAUAGGACAAUAUUGAGAGACUGCAAUCGCCGUGGGUCAGAACCAACGACAUCCCCAAAAUGUGUAACACCCAGAAAUGCACCCCAAAUCAAGAGGACUUUAAACCCGAAGUCGCCACGCCGAAUUUGCAGGACACCGGUUUCCGAAGCUAAACAAACACCGCUCAAAGUAAUCGCAACGACGAGGAACACGCAUCACUACUAAAUUCCUUCUAGCAUUCUUAUUUUGCUAUGCAAGUAGAUAGCCCAAAAUUCUGCUUUACCAGAGCAUGCGAGCAUAAUUUCGAAAAUUUUAUUUGAUUUUUAUAGCAAGGACUUGAAUUGAUUAAAAUUUAACGUUGACUCUAUAUCGAAAUUAUGUUCGCAUUGUCUCCGAGUAUGAAGUAAGGACAUAAAGAAAAAAAGAAAGAAUUAAGUGGCCAUAGUUUAUAUUUCUUUAUAUAUCGAUAGAUGUUUUUUUUUAUAUUUUCGUAUAUCCGAGAGUGCUGUGCAAACUAUGUACAUACGCAUUGUUAAAGAAAGUUAGAGAGAGAGAGAGAGAGAAAACGAAGUAAUCGAAUGUUUUAUAAUU